AUGGCCGUAUCGUUCUACUGGACGUAUGAGGGCCAGUCUGGAAGGAGAAGCAUAUCCCUCGAUGAAUUCGAGCGAUCUCCAGCGUCUGGAAACGAUAUCAAAAUCAAAACCGUGCCAAUUGGGCGCCUACCGAACGCUCAAAUAACAGGAGAGGGCGACACAGUGCUGAUGUUUGCCUCGAAGGUCGUGUCACGCCAGCAUGCAAUCUUGAUCAUAUCACAUCCGGAACAGAAGGUCUUUUUACAAGAUUCGGGCAGCUCCAGCGGAACAUUUUUGAAUGGUGUUCGGAUCAGUCCUCACGGUCGCGAGAGCCCCAAGAUACAGUUGCACCACGGCGACUGGAUCAAGCUUGGGGAAGACUAUGAAACACCAGAUAAAGCCCUGCAUCGAUCCAUCGCCAUGCGGGUUGCUCUCGGCUCGUUUUGGAGAAGUGACAUAUCAGCCGAUGCGCAGAGCACCAACGAAUCUUCCUACGGAGAAAUUGCCUUAGACCCGGCUCUACGUGCAUCAAUUGACGAAGAGUUCCGGGCAAUCAUGGAGAGUCUUACUGGAGGACAGCCAAGUCCUAUCGAGCGAUUGCGCGAGCUGAUGAGCCGGCCCCAGCUUCAUUCGCGCCACUCUCUUCGUGUACAGCGAACCUCGACCCCCCCAACAGGCCAUCUGUCGAGCCGGAAUGAGUCGCAGCCCGAGUCCGAUGACGACAAUAAGGCCGCACAGGCUCCAAGGCAGACUGGUGAUGGCGAGAUCGAGGCCGUCCCGUAUGUCACUGCCGGCGAGACGAUUGCCCCGUGAGCAGUUCGCAGCAUAUCCUGCUCGGCGCACAUCCAAAUGAAGCGGGUCAACCUGCCUUAUGCCUGGCUGCAUAACCGUUUUUUUGGGUGAAUAUACACUCGUCCCUCUUCACCGCCGAUGCCC